AUGGGUGUCUUCUACGGCAUGGUCACGAUCGUCUUUCUCUUUGUAACGCACUUAGCAACGGCUCAGCUACCGACCAAUGCCAUUGAGCUCGACCUCGUGUUCCCCCGCGCAGGUGGGAAAUACUCCAAAACAAACGACGGCUUCCCGGUCCUCUUUUCACUGCAAAACCCCAAUGUCGCCUAUCAUUUCGGCUGGGUUUUCUCAUGGGAUAUCUACAAGAAGCCUCAUGGACAAAUACAGAGACUACCUUUCAACACCAUUGGGUCCAUCCUGAAGAACGACACAACCUAUCCCGACAACCCGCACAUAGAGGCCCGCUACGCAGAUGUACUUGACGUGGGCGAGUACACGUUCUCCUGGACCAUUCAUACCGGACCUUGGUGUAAUCUUUCCAAAACCUGGGUCGAGUAUUCAGCCAACGAAAAGAUCGGCAACGGCACUUUCGACUUCACCAUUGAGCAGGGAGCCCCGACACCAACCUUCACUGGGACAUGCCCAACUGCUUUGGGCAUGAUUAACUACGCGUCAUUGACGACAUAUCACGGUCUUUAUGAUGGAGCGUACGACGAUCCAGUCACCAGCCCGAUGUCAUGUGCCAUCACGACCAAUGUGACCUUCACAGCAGAGCCUUGUAGGGCAACAGUCAACGAAGCGCAGGCUACGAGUAUCUCCAGUCAACUUCAUUUGGGGACCUACGCAACUGCGUCAGCCACGGCUUCGCCGACGGGCUCCGCCGCUGCUGCCCAGCGAACGCUGAACAAGAGCCUAAUAUGGGCUGUCACGUCGGUCGUUGUUCUGUUUGGCGCUCAUGUGGCCCAAUGA